AAAAACAGCGUACCUAUGACAGUACUGAGAACCUAAGUGUACAAAGCAUGCUACUCUCGCCCCAGUGACCUACCUUGAGCAUGUGGUCAUGACCUGAGAGCCAGGAGCUUUAGAGUUGAAAAGGAAUGUCCCUUCUAAGUUUAAUGGCCAUAAUAUGGCUGUUGUGCUGCCAAUGGCAAGUCCAAGCUCAGGAUAGUCUUGCCAUGGAUAUGAAGUCAACAUGUGGGAAUACAUAUCCUGUGUAUGAAAACAAACUAACUUUUACUGCGAGGUCCAAUGUUGCUCCAGCAAACCCACCUCUUGAAUGUGUUGUAUACCUGGAAUCUGCUUAUGAUGUGGCUGAUGGUCGCUAUAGACUGCAGAUGGUUAUUCAGGAAUUGAACAUAGAAGAUUGUAAUGUCAAACUCGAUGUAUUCAAUGGAAAAGGCGUCAGUGGCAACUACUUGCGUCAGCUUGGCUGUACUAGCAGGUCCACUGACAUCAUGUACACAAAUGGGCGUCAAGCAACUCUUCGUUUCAGUCGUCCCCAGCAGCUGUACCAGACAGCCUACUCUCUUGUUUUGACAGUCCAGGUAUACUCGGAUAACAAUGAGCUAGGGACAGCAGUGGCGCAAACCACGCUGUCAGUCGGUGCUAUAAUUGGAAUAGUAGUUGGUGCUGUGGCUGUCAUUGCUGUGGCAAUCUUGCUGUGCUGGUGCUGUAUCACUGGGUACAUCUACAAUUUCAUGGACAGCAUGGGGACAACAAAUAAUAGUACAAAACACAUCAGUGUAGACAGUGGCCUUGAAAAAAUGUCAGCCAGCUCUUCUACACAGGGACUGAAACAUGGCAUUGAUCAUAAGGACCCUGCUAUGUGGGCCAGCAUAACAAAUGAUGGAACACCACGACAGUUUCGUCGAGGUGUCCCACGAAUGGCUUCUUUGUCACGAGAUGAGGGCUCAAAGGAUGUAGAGUUAAGGGGAAAAGAAACAUACACUAAAAAAUAUGAAAACACAGGCAAGGGGCUUGGUAGAGCCGAUCAAGAACCAUCGCAAGGCCUUGUGCGAGAGUCUCAGUUGUACGAACCAUAUGAUGAGAUGACAGAAAAAGAUCACCACGCUUCCUCAAACGUUUGGAGACCAUUAUGUCCAGUAACAGGAGCCGUGAAUCCCGAAGAUCGCGUCACUCAGCAUGAGGGAGACAAGGCUGCUGAAGUAAAACCUGCCUCAAAAGAAACAGUGAUUGAUCACCUUGGAAAACCAGAUUCUGAAGUGUUUGAAAGAUCAGAGUCAGAGGGUCUUAUUGGUACAGAUGGUAAAGAGAAAGAAGCACAUGCCGCAGAUCUCCAUCGGUUUGAUUCUGAGGAGCUCCAGAGUGAAGCUGAUGUGGAAACAAUGACUAGCCCAUUGCACAUCAAUGCAGGUAUUCGUUCCAGCAUCCCAAACUUGAGUUCACAGCCUGAUGCUGCACGCUCAUCACAUUCAAAGAAACGCACCAGCACAUCACCCAAGUCACGACGACAUUCCAAGGCAGGCAGGCAUGAGCCAGACCCCAUGGGGCUUCCUCCAGAAGCAUUUGAUCCUGUGUUCACCACCCCGACAUCACAAGAAUACUAUCCUGGAGAGUUCCGUCCUCCCCAGCCGUUCGCGGUGCCUCCUAUGUUUAUGCAGUAUGGAAUGAUUCCCAUGGGACCUGGAGCACAGACUUUUGGCUAUGCAUACCAACAGGGUAUUCCACCUGGAUCCUACCCAGAACAAUCAGUGGCAGCCAAUCAGGGUGCUUAUUUUGUGCACAGUAUCCCCACUGCUGAUGGCAAUAUGCAGAACACAACUUUUGCCAUGCAUAGCUCACGUACUCCGAAACAGAUGGCACCUAAGGGAAAAAGAGGUCAUCCAGGUGCUCCAGACUACACCUCAACUCCAGGGGGAUCACCACGACCUGGGUACCAAGGAGAUCCCUCUGCACCAGACCUGUCAUUAGUGGCUGCUGGUGCUGCACCACCAGAUCCUGGGCCUGGUCACCGCUCCAUGGCCAUGAAGUCAGCUACAGACCCCGACACUGGCAUACACACAACUCAGAUUUUGUGGACAGACACGGUACCCGAUCCCACUGAUCCAGGGCCUGACGACAGCUCCCAGAUCACACGCAAAACUAUAACACGUGUAACAACUUGUAGUGGCCAUUCUGAUCUGCCUACACAGACUUCAACAAUUCUUGACUACCCAGAUUCCAGUCCUGCCUUUUUAUCUCCUUCUUCGCCCCAGCACUAUCCUGCUGUGACUGCAGGGCCAAGUUCUGGUAAUAUUGAUUAUUAUCUAGGUCAGGGAGCAGACCAUGGUCAGGAGCCAAUGAGAAGGCCAGAUGUUGUGCAUCAGGCACCAUCACGGAACCAAGCCGUACGCGAUCGUAUCACACUUGCAUAAUACUGAAGAACUAUACACAAAGAAUCAUUUUACUCUUCAUGCCUUACAGUUGUUAUGAAAGUUAGUAAUUGAUAAGUAGAAAAAUUCAGAAUGAUUGUUUAUAUUCACUUUUUAUGAUUUUGAAUGUCUCCAAAUCAGGUAUCUUUCCUUUUUUGGAGUGAAAGCUAUUUUUCUUCAUCAGAAUGUGAAAAUAUUUUUACUAUGCAAUUGUAUCAAUGUCCAGGUAACUCAAGCAUACGUGCAUGAACAAGAGAAAAACCUUAUACACAUUUUAAAGAUCUUAUUCAGCCAUACUGAACAUGUUCAGCUUUGUUAUGUUUUUGAUGUUAACUAAAUAACUAAAAUUCUUACAUUUUGUGUUCUGUUCUCAUUUAGAUUCCUGUCAGAUGCACCCAUUUUGUAUAAACUGUUUUGUAUAAACUAUA